GUGUUAGGGCAGUGUAGGUUUCUGAACAACUUGUAUUGUUUUUCCAAAUAAUUGUAUGCUUAAUUUUGAAUAGUCUUGGAAAAUAGGACAUUUUCAGACUUCAUACCGGAAACGACAUCUGCAACUCUCGAGAGCAUCGGCUGCCUCGCAUUCGUGUUGUUCGCCAUGUUUUUGUCACAUGGACCGCCAAAGUGCCGUAAUGGCUGUUCUUGACCCGAAUGAAACGAAACAGUUUUAGGGCCGUGUUCGAGAGAACGUGGACCAAAGUCUGCCAAAUGGUUAUGACCACAGACUUACCCUGCACUGGAAACAUGGAUCAAAACCAAACGAAAACCGAUGCGCCCUUUGUGGGAAACAAAUUGGCGACGGGUUCUGCUAGCUCGCGAUCGGAACGGCAGGUUACCCGCGUUUUGCGAUCGAAAUCUUCGAUGGCUCUGAAAAAUGGCAGCAGUAGCAGUGAUACACAGAAAGAGCAACUACAACCCAGCACUGAUGUGCCGUUAGUUAAGCCGUCGGAGCCAGAAAUCGCUUGUGACGGUAGCAACCAUAAGAUGGACGUUGUCGGUGAAUUAACUCAGUUACGGCAACUUUUGUUACUGCAUUUGGAGCUCAUUCAACAACAACAGGAACAAUUGCAGAUGAAGGAUCGAGAGAUUAAUAAACUAAAAGAAGACAAGGAACAGAAAUACUUUUUAAUACCAGGCCAAGGCAAUUAUAAUAUAUCAGGUACACCCUCUGGUGACAAAUCUAUUUUUUUAUUUUCAGUUCCUACUUGGCAAGUAAAUGAAAUAGCAGCAGUCAGAACAGGGAAUUCAAAAUCAUUAAAAUUAGCAGGAUCAUCAUCAUCAUCAUCAGAGAACAAUGAGAGUAUUGACGAUGAUGUAUUUGCAAAAAGGCAUAUGAAACAUGAAGUUGAGGAGAGGAGAAGAAAAAGAUGGGAUAUUCAACACAUGCGUGCAAUGCAAGCGCAUCAAAAUCUUGAAAAGAAAAGUAGAGACAGAGAAGAAGCACGACUGAAAGGGAAAAGAUCUGGAUGUAAAGAUGAGGACUGCAAAAAUAUUGAAUCAUUCCUUCCACCUCCCGAAGAUGUGAUGGCAGUUGAAGUUUCUGACACAGUUCCUGUAGUAGCCUUUGGGUUUCCUGUUCCCUUAUUUCAAGAAAGAGAAUUUGAGAUCCCAUGGUUUAGUCUUGAUAAGAGAGAACUCCUCGAAAGGAAAGGCAAAGUUAGACCAGGGAGAAGUCGAGGGAAACUUCGUGGUCGACGGAAGGGAUAUUGAAAGAGAUGUUGAAUUUGAUGGUGAAAUCUUGGCUGAACAACUCACGAAAAAAUGAUUUUACCUUUUUCUUUUCAGUUUUUCGCUAGAGAUAAUAUUACUAAUGAAUACCAAGCACAAAACGUUGUAGUAUUUUAAUUUUUAUAAACAGAAUUUAAGCCAACAAUCUCAAAGGAUCUAUGAAGUAUUGAAUCUAUACUUUGCUUUCAGCAAUUUUCCCAAGUGUCGUGUACUUUGGAAAUGUUCGGGUUAAAGUUGAAGUAUAUUAGUAGGUAGGAUAAUCUACCUACAAUGGUUAGAAAUCCCAAAAGGUUACAAGAUUCUUUUGCUAGUGGCCUUUUUAAUUGGACAUUUGAGUCUUACAGACAACUGUUUCUCUUUCCUUUUUUUGUUUUUACCCUUGUGGUUAAAAUGUAGUUUUUACAAUUUGUUUUUGCAUUCAUUUUUCCAAUGUCAGUUUCUGUAUAUUCCUGUAAAAAAAAGUUUGUUCACACAGCUUCUUCAUCUGACUUUAAUCCUUGUAAGUUGAGUUUGUUGUAUAAAAAUUACUUUGGAUAGUCACUUGAAACCAGAAAAACUCCUGUCAUUUUAUAGAAAUCGACUUACUCCUAAAAAUAUUUUGUUUAGUUUAAGGUGGAUUGAAAUAAGCAGGUAUUAACACAGUUAAGAUAUUAUACAGGCUUAAAGAGAUUGAAGUCUAUUUUGUCCAAUUUUCGCAACUUUCAAACAGCAUAAAAGUAGAACAUGUAGAAACCUACUCAAUGUGAAACUGAAAUAUUUCAUUGUUAAAAACAUCUGAUUUGAUUAAAGAAAUAAAGCAAAAAGGAAAACAGUAA